AUGUCAACCACUUACGUCAACGAAAAGACUGGAGUUGAUUCUGCUGAACAACCUGGCUCAGAGUCUCAACCAUACGCAACUCCAGCUUAUGCUUUAUUUGUUAACCCAGAUGCUAAGAUUCUUGUCUACAAGGAAACUGAAGAAGAUAAGACCAAAUUUGCAUACACCGAGAUCUCACCAUCAGCGUUAAAGAAAGCCAAAAAAGGAGCUGAAGGCUUGAAAAAGAAAGCUGAAAAGCAAUCUAAACUUCAAUCCGAAAAAGAGUCAUUGCCAAAGGUUGCUGAUUUGGACUUGACUUCAAUUGAAGAGAACAAAUCCUUACCAGCUGCAAAAAAGAUCAAAUUGAGAUCGAUUCAAGACAGCAUCGGCUCUAGAGUACAAGUCAAUGGUUGGGUACACCGUUUGAGAGUACAAAAGGGUUUGGCUUUCAUAACAUUGAGAGAUGGAACAGGAUACUUACAAUGUGUCUUGACAGGAGAUUUGGCCAAAGCUAGACAAACUCAAGAAUUAACAAUUGAAUCGACAGUUCUGAUCAAGGGUGUUGUUUCCAAGUUACCCGAAGGUAAGACUGCACCAGGGGGAGUUGAAUUGAAAGCCGAUUAUUACGAAAUUGUUGGUUUGGCCCCAAGCGGAGAAGAAGCUUUCACAAAUAAGAUCCAAGAAGGCGCUGACCCUUCGUUGUUGUUAGAUCAACGUCACUUGACAUUAAGAGGAGAAAGUAUCUCUGCUGUGAUGAGAGUCAGAGCCGCAUUCUUACAUGCCAUUAGAGAGUUUUACAAGGAAGAAGGAUUGUUAGAAGUUACCCCACCUUGUAUGGUACAAACUCAAGUUGAAGGUGGAUCAACCUUGUUCAAAAUGGACUACUACGGGGAGGAAGCUUAUUUAACACAAUCAUCACAAUUAUAUUUGGAGACUUGUUUGCCAGCAUUGGGCGAUGUAUACUGUGUUCAAGAAUCAUUCAGAGCUGAGAAGUCACACACCAGAAGACACUUGAGUGAGUACACCCACAUUGAAGCAGAAUUGGCUUUUCUCACCUUUGAUGACUUAUUGAACCACUUGGAAAAAUUGAUCUCAAAGACGGUGCAAAGUGUAUUGGAGGAUCCAGUUACUGGUGAAUUAGUCAAGCAAUUGAACCCUAAGUUUGAAGCUCCAAAAUUGCCUUUCAAAAGAAUGGAAUACAUUGAAGCAUUGGACUGGUUAAACGAAAGAGGUAUUUUGAAUGAUGAGGGUAAGCCAUACUCUUUUGGUGAUGAUAUCGCUGAAGCUCAAGAAAGAAAAAUGGUUGACACAAUUAACCAACCCAUCUUGUUGACCAGAUUUCCAGUGGAGAUCAAAUCUUUUUACAUGCAAAAAUGUCAAGAUGAUUCAAGGGUGACUGAGUCUGUGGAUGUUUUGAUGCCAAACGUUGGUGAAGUUACAGGAGGUAGUAUGAGAACUAUUGACUAUGAUGAAUUGUUAGCUGGAUUCAAGAGAGAAAACAUUGACCCUUCCGCUUAUUACUGGUUCUUGGAUCAACGUCGUUAUGGUACUUGUGAGCAUGGCGGUUACGGUCUCGGUACUGAAAGAAUCUUGGCUUGGCUUUGUGACAGAUUUACUGUAAGGGACUGUUCAUUGUACCCAAGAUUCACCGGUAGAUGCAAGCCAUAG